AUGGCGUCCCAUCACAACCAGGACAAGUCCCGCCGACGCGACUACGACGCAGGAUAUGACACACACCAGCAGUACCGCAUGCUUUACCGACAAGACCCUAUGCUGAAUGGGUCUGAUGACUCUGAACUGCUCACUGAAGAGCUUUAUGUGGGCACCCGGAGUUCCGCAUGGGACCAAACAGCUGCUGGUAGCACUGCUGGGCUUACCCGGGAUUUUGGAAAUCAUGACUAUCUUCAGCCAGGACCCGACGCCACAGUUGAUCCGCAAAAUCUUGCUGACUCUGGAAUACACCCAAGCAACAUCGACACUUUUUCCUACGAGAACUUCACGACCUUUUCCGACGAUCCAUCAUCCUACGCCGAGACUUCAAUGGCGGGUUUCGACGGUGCAAGCUCCAUGACGCCACUUCCAGAGAACACAAAUCCUCCCUCUACCACGCCCAGCACGCCCAGCACUGCAAGCACAACAACCCAAUACCCCCGUCCAGAAAACUGGACUUCUUCCCCUGAAGGCAACUUUUCAUCCGAUGAGAGGUAUAAGAAAGACCUCGACAGGCACAUCCGGUCGCACCAUGCUUCGUGGGCCAAGAAGAACCCCAAGCUGGCCAACCUAUCAAGCACUAAGGUUUACAAAUGCGGACGAUGCGGCUACGAGGCCGAUAGGAGCGACAAUGUGAAGCGUCAUGUAGACAAGGGUACCUGCCAGAAGAAGAAGUAA